AGUUCGUGGAAGCCUGAGUUCACUGUUCCCUUCCUCUUUCACGCCCAGGAAGAAACAUGGAAUAAAGCAAGUGGGCAUUGGAACGAGUUGUUCACAUGAGGUGGUUAUGGUAAAUGAGAAGAGAAGAGAAAAAGUGUCAUCUGAAGAAGUUAUGAGCGUUCUCAAGUCGAUGUCGGAACCUAAUUCUGCUCUUUCCUACUUUAACUCAGUUGCCCAGUUGCCUAAUUUUGUGCAUACGACCGAAGCGUGCAAUUACAUGCUUGAGUUCUUAAGGAUUCACUGUAGGAUUGGGGAUAUGGCUUUUGUCUUCGACUUGAUGCAAAAGCGGAUUGUCAAGAGAAAUUUGAAUACAUACUCGAUCAUUUUUGGAGCUCUUUCUGUCAAAGGGGGGAUUUGGGCCAGCACCAUUGCACUUGGAAAAAUGAGGAAAGCUGGGUUUGUCUUGAAUGCAUAUUCAUUUAACGGACUGAUCCAUUUACUGCUCCAAUCUGGCUCUUGUAGGGAGGCUUUGGAGGUUUAUGGAAGAAUUGUCACAGAAGAAAUAAAGCCUAGCAUAAGACCUGCUCAGCACUAA